AUGUCCCUCUCCUCCCACACAGCCUCUGGCAGCCCUCUGGCCGAGUUGGAGCACAAUCUUUCAACCUGCCAUUCUGCUGCUGAAGCGAAACUGUACCGGCAGGUUGUGAGGCAUUUCCAUUUUGUGGCAUACACAGUCUUUUCAGAGCUGGGAGCCUCACACUGGCGCUCCAGGGACUUCUGGCUGCUCACACUGCUAGUAGUUUUGCUUUGGUUCGUGAGACUUUACAUGCACUAUUUGAGCCAAUGGCUCUUCCUUCAGAUCAUCUCAGUUCCUGUUACAAAAUUCCAGCUCUUUCCUCACACUGUUGAACUGUGUUACCAGAACUCCUUGCUGCACACCAGUGAAGAGUUGGUCAUGGUUAUGGUGGGACCCCUAACCUUGAAUGCAGGGCUGCUUCUUAUGGUCCUGAUCAGAUGGGGCUGUCAGCAGCUGUUUGACUCAUUUCCUUCCUUCUUGUCAAAGUUUAUCAUAGCUAUGGGACUAUGGACAGUGCUAGACCCCUUGGCAGUGUUAGUAGUGGAUUCAUUCCUGGGGCGAUUUGGGAACAGUGUAGACAAACCCAUUGCUGAUGCUGCAAAGCUCUCCUGGGUCUUUCUAAGAGCUGAAGAGUCAGGGGUUCCUGGUGCCUUAAUCACUGUGAUGCUCUAUACAAUCCUGUUCAUGAUCUCAUCGACAGUAUUGUACCUGUAUUUUUUAAGGCUACAUAGCGAAGGUUGGCUGUUGGAUGUAUUUCGACGUAUUCAUGGUGAGGAAGGCACAUUCUUUGUUCCACUGGACUUCGAGAUUUCCAGUCAGGAGCUGAGCUACAUUAUAAAGAGGGCUGAGCAGUGGAGAGGAAUCAAUGGUGAAAGACGGAUGGUGGCAGUGUCUGAUUACAUCUGGAAGGACCACGCCAGCCAGCCUGGUGUCUCCAGCUGUGACCUCCAGCACCAGGAUGAAAUCCCUGACUCUGCAUCCAGCUGGAAAGGUAGCACCACUGUUCACGUCUCUGUCUACACUGUUCACCUCAGCGGCUUCCAGGAGCUCUACAGGCACUUCCUCCGGCUACCUGAUGGGGCUAUCAUUGAGGCAUUUGGUGAUAUUAGUGAAGAAAGUCUUUUGUGUAAUGAAAUGAACACAGCACAGGAGUGCACAAGUGAAAUGGACAGUGUGCUGUAUACAUCUACAGAAAUCAAGCUGAGGGAGAGGAAAAAGAGUACAGCAAGGUGGAAAGGAAAUCCAGUUGUCUCUGACAAGAGCUAGUUCCUGCAGUCAUGCAUAUUCCAUGAAGUUGUUUACAUCCUGAUCCACAUCCAUGGUAUGGUUACUGUCUGAUAGGAUUUAUAUUUCUGACAACCACAUCCCUAUAUGUAAAGUGUUGUCCUGCAAAUGCUCCAUCUGUAGCUCUUCUGUGUCUUCAACAAGCUUUGCAGUGUGGUGAGCUCAUGGGAUCAGAUAACAGAUCAUGCAAACAUUAUUAUUUCGUAUUAUUUUUUUUCCCUCCAAAUUGUGGGACACUCCUGGAUUUCUCAGGUUUAUUUGUUCCUACUUUUUCAGGUUUGCUUGUACCUACUAGCUGUGGUGGGGAAAAUGUUGCUUAUUUGUCUUUCAAGUUUCAUGACUAAAACAGUGACAGCAUUGUCAGUAAUUGUUCAAAGCACAACGUGAUUGUAAUUACAAGACUGCAAAAAUGCCCAGAAGAGGAACAAUGAUGACUUCAUCUUCCAGUUCUGUAACCAAGGUACAACAGGCUGCAAAAUUUACAAGAUCCCACAGACUGUUUCUCUGAGGUCUUCAUGGUGACCAUACCUGCUUCCCCAGGAGCUACAGAAGCUUAAAGUAAUCUGGAGAUAAUCCUCAUGCUUUCUUAGUAGUAUUAAAAUAUUGCUCAUUGGUUUGAACUAGUCAGUGCCUAUUUUAUUUAGCUCCAUACAAAUGCAUCAGAAAUUAAAUCCAUCCCCCAAAGGCAAGAACUAUGAGAGACAACAGAAGGAGAAGAUGGGAAGGGGAACAUUGGCAAGAAAGGUAAAAUCAUUUGUACAAGGCCACCAAAAUCAGAGGCAAAUGUAGAAAUAUAGGGACAAAUCUCAGUGUCUCUGACUCUUAGUCUUCCCUGUGGUAGGAUCCUUUUUGUCCUGAAAAUGCAGUUGGAAAAGGGAAGAGUCUCACCUUACUGCUGUUUUGAAUCAUUUAUGCAGAAUGCUGUAAUCUAUUAAUUUAGUAAUCAGUGAGAUUUUUCUAGCAUGUAUGAUCUUCUGGUGUACCUUUGUUCACACUGGUAUGGGAAAAAUUUUUCAGAUGCAUUUACCUUUACAAGAUCUUACCCAAUAUAUACUGAGCCUUGUUGCUUAAUUUUGUUACUUAAAUCUAUUCUCAUUCACCUGAAUAAUCAGUAAAUUACAUUAGGUAGUAAGGUGAAUGUUUAAAUGUCACUCCUGAGAACAGUUUUUCUUUGGGUUUUCAAGAUAACAAUCUGGUUUCCAUUUUUUUCUGGUUUUUUUCCCUGAUUUAUUUGUGUGUAUAUGCAUAUGUGUGUGGCUAUUUCAUGAGUUACACCCAGACAGAAAUAGUGUUUAAAUCUUCUGAAUAUUUACAAGAAGUGAUGUGAUUUGUGUGACUUCUAUUGCACCAGAUAUUACUUCAAUGACUUCUCCCUGUCAUAACAGGAAUAAAAUUGCCUUUUUAAUGUUUCCUUUGCCUGUUGAUACUUUAAACCGCUGUACAUAACUUUGAAAAAGAAACUAACUGAAAAGACAUCAUUCAGUCUCAGAAUUUUUCUGUGGAUUUUUUUCUACCUGAUCAGCAUUAUGCUUUUCACCAAUUACCCCACAAUACUUAAUGCCACGCAGUGUGGUGGAGGCUGCUGGGAUUGCUUUUGUGCAUGAGUGUCCUGUGCUGUGAGUUAAGAUGGUGAUCUUGCACUUUUUGGGUGACCGUACCAAGAAGACAGCGUGCUGUGGGCAGCAUCAUACUGUGUGCAUCUACUUGGCCUCAGUUUUGUCUUUCAGUGUGAGUGACUCUAAUGGUAAAAAUCCCUUUGGGCAAUAUUAAUACCCUAGGUUUCCUACCACUGAGUUAUGAUAUCCCAGUCUGGUUCUGUGAGAUUUUGACUUCAGUGUUGGUUAUAGAGUGUUGGUAGGUAGUCUGAUGGCAGGACUGACUGUAUGUGCAGAACCACCAUACCUUCAGUUCUAAUAGGAUUGUGCUGACUUUUUAAUAAAUGUGGAUCUGGUCUUGAGACUUUGAUCAGCAUGAAGGACUUGACUGACCACUUUUACUCCCUCAGUUAUAUUGGAAUGUCUACACUGACUUUCAUCUGAUCUGGGAUGUAAAAUUUUGUACAUUACAUAUUUGUGAAAGCUGAAUUUAAAGUAUGCUUAAAUAUUAAGUGAUCUACCUUGCUUUAUUUUUUUUGCCUGAAAAUGUAACAUCCUGCCUAUUAAUUUUGAUUACUUGCAUCCCAUGAGUUCCCAUGUUUGUUGGUCAAUAUACAGUGGGUGGCAUUCGCUUUGAAAUUGUUUUCUGAAGUGCUCUUAUCAGCAACAUCAUCCAUAAUACUCAGUUAUAGUUGGAUAGUAAUUGCCUGUCUAUGCAGUGUUCCUUUACAACAAUUUUCUCCUGUGUAGCUAUACAUAUGUAGUCAUUACUGAAAAGUGUAAAUAAAGAAUCCUUUUAGUGGUGUAGUUUCCCUGGGUACCUACUGUGCUCUUAUUAUCUAAAACAUACUCCCCAUCUGUAGUUCUGUUCUAUUAAAGGAUAAAGACAUAACUAUGAAUUAAAAAUUAAAAUGCUUGUUGUAGAUUGGAGAGCAAGGUCUAAUAGAAUAUAUCUGGUGUUAGGCUCACAGUACAGUAGAUAGAUUACACUAAGCACCAGUUAAGCAAGGGGAUGAAAAAUGAGUGAUUUUCAUCAUUCAGUUAAAUAUAGUGCUAAGUGGUAUGUGCUAGCAUUAAAAGCAAAUUACUUAGCACUUCACCAAUCACAGCAUGAGAGCAUUCCAUUGGAAGCAGUAUUUCCAGUGAUGCUCAGUCCUCAGUUUUAUUAAAUAAAUCAGCUGUUAAUGCUUAAGGAAGCAGUAGAAGACGUAUUGCUAUGAUAAUAUAAAGAUUGAAAAUGUAAAAAUAAAGAGAAGUCUGUGCCUCAUUUUAAUUAAAUGUGCUAAGAAAACCUCCCUCUCUCUUAACAACAAAACUUCAAAGUGCUGGCAAAUCUGUAAUUUCCUGUACUUUUUUUAGGUCCUCCUUUCUUCCUAAUGAAUAUGACCUUUCUUUUUUUUUUUCUUCUUUAUAAUGACAUCUUUUUUUCUCAUAAAUCUGCUGACAUGUCACUGAACAUUUUGAUGAGCUUUUCUGAUUCCCUCCUAUAUCUCCUUGAUAGGAUAUUAUUAUCCAGUAAUCUAAAGAUAGGGAACCUAAUCCUCAGCACAGGUACUACUCAGUUAAAGACAAUGGAGAUGUGAGAAUUUACAGCGCAAGAGGUUUUGACACUGAGGCCUACCUCUAUAUCCCCUAGCAACACUAUUUCCUCCACAGCAAUGGUCAUUGGGAGAUAGUCAAAUCUGCUGUCUGAACACAUGGAAGAUGUGAGUAGUUGUAAACCUUCCUGAAUUUCAGGCCAUUCCUAAGCCACCGACUCCUCCUAAACAAGAGUCAUCUAUUAGCAGCUACACAGCAAAAGUCCUGGGAAUGACACAUGUGGAAGAUGGUCCAAGGUUUGAGCCACAGCUGCAUCUUCACCAGCAUGAUCAAAUGUUAGAAGAAGAGAAAAUUAAAGUUCAGGUAUAAAAAUCACAAGAUCGUGGAGCCUAUGCGUGAAGUUAUCUUGAGUCCUUCAUUUCCCCCCAGUGUCAUUCUAUGUGGAAUCCUAUUUUGAGUUUUCUUUUAUGACUAGGUUUGAAAGCUGUUUUCUUUGUAAAGUCUACUGUGUUUGUCUGAGAUAGAGUUAAUUUUCCCAUAGCAGCCCUCUCAGUGCUGUCCUUUGUAUUGACAGCUAGAAAGGUGUUGGUAACACACCAGUGUUACGGCUGUUGCUGAGCCAUGCUCACACACCAUCAAGACUGUCUCCACAACCUUCUCCUGUUCACUAGUAGGCUGGGGAUGGGCAAGAAGUUGGGAGGGGACACAACCAAGACUGCUGAGCCAAAGAGAUCAAAGGGAUCUUCCAUACCAUAUGAUGUCUGCUCAGCAAUAAAAGCUAAGAGAAAGGGUUAGAAGAGGGUGGCAUUCAUUAUUUAUGAAAUUUGUCCUCUGGAGCAACCACUACAUGUACUGAAGCUCUGCUUCUCAAGAAGUGGCCAGACAUCACCUGCUGAAUGGGAAGUAGAGAAUAAAAUCUUUUGUUUUCCUUUGCUUCCACUUUAUUAAACUGUCUUUAUCUUGACCCAUGAGGGAUUUUUUUUUCCAUCUUAUUUUCUCCUCUGCCAUCCUGCUGAGGAGGGGACUGAUAGACAAGCUUUGUGGGCAACUGAUAUCCAAGCAAGGUCAACUCACCACAUAAAGAGAAACUUGCAGGAAGUGAGGGACAAACUGAAAAGAUGAAACCCAAGAAUCUCCUGUAGGCACAUAAAUGCAGGAGCUCGUACAUGGAGUAAAAUACCACCUCUUCUUUGUAAAAAUAGCAAUCAAUUAUUUUCUGUUGUUGGGGGAGGAAAGAUAAGGGGCAAUCAGCUUAAAUAUCUUGCAAAUAUUUCUUUUUCAUUUUUGUAAUAUACCAUACCUAAGGGAUAAGCUAGAUAUAGUUGAUCUAUUUUUAGUACAAAUGUUGGUUGGAGGUGUUUCAAGUUUUCUUCUGGGCCUACAUUUCUGGGAUUCUCUGAAAAUUAUGUCAUCUGCCCAAAACGACUACUGUUUCCAUUUGUGCUUAACUUGUGCUUAACACCUUAGUGAAAUCAGUGUAGCCCUAACUCAGCAGAAGUGUUUCUACUAAUAAUCUAGGAUAAUGAUGUAGGACCUGAAAGAAAUAUUUUGCAAAAUCUUAACUUAUUUCAAAAAGUUUCCUUGUGAAAAAAAAAUUGCCUUUUUUUACAAUAUAUAUUACAAAAAGAGACAUUUAAGCAAUGCUUCCUUCUCUUUGUGCAGUAGGUUUUCAUUCCCAUUUCCCUGUUUUCUUCUACUUAAAUAUGCACUACAAAGUUAUGUUUGUUUUUUUUUUUCUUGUUUACUGUAUCUUUAUUCAAAGUACUUUCUUAAACCUUAAAACAACAGAUAUUAUUUUUGGUAUCAAUAUAACCUUUUCUUCUCAAAAUAUUUGAGGACAUGAUACUUAACCUAGUUUUCAAAACAUAGAAUUCCUUUUUUCAUUUUCCUGGAUGACACGUAAUGGCUCUGAUGCUUCUUUUCUGGGUAUGUCAAUUCUGUCAUAUACACUAAUAUGAAAUAAUGACACAAGGUUGACUUAACUAGACAUAAUAGGGCAUAUUUCUAAAACAUUCUGUAUGGGAGGUAUAUGCAGAGAUCUUGCUACUUAUUAAUGAAAUCGAGAAAGUUCUUAUCUGCACUACAGCAUAUAUUUAUAAUAGCUUCCUAUUCCAAAGGCAUAGACUCCUUAUAUAAUAAAAUAAUAAAAAUAAAAAUUAAAAAAAAAAAAAGAAGGACUCUGAACAACAUCGUCUUGGAUAAAUUUUAGAAUUUCACCAUGUGCAGUGAAUUUGGAGCAAGAGACAACCAUCAUUGCAUCCUGAACCAGUGCAGGAACGUGUAUGUGUGUGCUAAUAGAAUAAUAACAGGACAGAUUUCAAUGCCAAGCCUCUGUAUUUCAAACUUUUACAGAGUUUUUUCUUCUGUUGAUGCUGUUUAAGUCCUUAUUUCCUGCCUUGGAAUUCAAAAUCGCUGUUUGAAUAUUAUCCAUGAAUGUAUUAGAGAGGCUCUGAACUAUCAGUGAACAUACAUUGCUUUUCCAUAAUAUCUUUCAAAUUAUUGAUGGCAGUCUAAAUUUGUUGAUGGUCUCAUCACAUGAUUUUGUUUCUUUAACAAGUGGUGGACAGGAAUUGGUUACAGCCUCCUAUUCCUGGCCUCUCCCUCUACACUUCCCCCCAUUUUUAAGCAUCAGCAAGAUUACCACAUUACAUUGGUCUACUAACAACUAUUACAUGCUGUCUUUUCCUUAUGAAUCAAUGGCCUUUUGCACAUGUAUCUAGAUUAUCAGGAACUCAACAUUUUACUUGAGUCUGAGGCUGUAUGUAUAAGCUGAGGGCUUCUCUCUGCCCCUCUGACAGCCUGAGGGAUUAUAAAAGGAAUGUCAGAAGAGCCCAUACAGGCACAACUUGGACAAAAAAAAAAAUAGUGAGUACAGACUAUGAGCUGUUGCAUUCAGGUUGCUAAUUUUUAGCUUUCCUUUUCUACCCUUGCUAUUGUUGUCAACACACACUCUCCUUUGAGCACAGCUGUGCCACCUGAAGAGAUCAUCUACAGCUGCUUUCUCAUGCAGGAGAAGCUCCCUUGGGAGCUCUCCCUCACCCAUUUCAGGAUGAGUAGCAAAUAACUUCUGUUCCAGCUGUUCAAGCCAUACAGGGCCAUAUUUAUCCAAAACAGGUGCAAGAGCAUUCACAUGAGCAAAUCUACUAGCAGCUCCAAGUGCAGUCACCUCUGAGAGAAGGGUGGUGAGGACAGGUGGCAGUGAGGUUAUUAUUUCUUCAUCCAGCAUAGCUGCAACUGAAGUGGAUUUCUACUCUGUGUGUGUGUGUGUGUGUGUCUGUCUGGUUUAAAGGUUUGUUUGGAAGUCCUGUGUUUCUUAAUUUGACUAUGCAUGUUGUGAGUGGUAAGACAGAUGUUUUUUGGUGUAGGUUUGGCAUUCAGGUUGUAGGGGUUUACUUCACACUUGCAAUCUGGUCCUGUGAAUUUAAGACCCAUUAGGCACUGAGCAAGAUAGGUUUAUUCCUGGAAUAAACUUUCAGGAAUAGAUUGGAAUAAUCUUCCAGUCUAGUUUCAACUAAGAAACCACUGGAUGUGCCCUAAAGUCGUAGUGUGAAUCAGAAAGCACACUGAGUGGGGACACUGGGAAGCUUUAGCCUAAAAGCUCAUCUAAGACAUUUAUGUAUGAAGUUACCCAUGGCACCAUGUUUGGGAGCAGGAAAGACAUAAAAUGCCCAUCUAAUGGAUGAAGGUUGAUGGUUGUCCCCUAGGGGAACCUGCUCAGCUCUGUGGUUGCUUAUACUCCCCACAAUAGUAGGGUUGUCAGCCAAGUACUUAAAUAGUUGUAUGUUUUUAAAUACAUAAAUAUGCCUACUAACAUAUUACCUUUCUCUCUAAUAUUGCCAUUUUCUUGGUGACAUGUGCCCUCUUUCAGCUUUGUCAGGAUAUAUAAGGAAGUCAAAGGGAGCACUAGCUGUAUUUAGUUCAAGACUUCAUCCAUUUAGGUAUGCAACAAUCAUAUGAUAGAUAAGAAUGUCAUGAAAAACAUGGUUCAUUUCUAAUCACAUUAACAUGUGUUCAAAAGGAAAAAAAUGUAAUUUAUGAGGUUUAUUAUUAUUAUUUCAAUUAUGUACUCUGCUACUGCUGUUUUCAUAAUUCUGUCUGUCUGUUCUGAAGGAGAAACUCAAUACAUGCUUAAUCUACCACUCAUGUACCUUGGGGUAAAGAAUAGCAAUAAAAUGGGAGUUGCCAACCAGAGUCAGCCUUAAGAACUCUGAAGAAGUAAUGGAAGCCUUUGUGUCUUCCCUGAACACAAUGGACAUUACUCUGAAGAAGCAAAUAGGAUAUUGGUUAUGCCUUUGGCUUUCUCCAGUAAGCUUGCCAGCUGCUCUGUGUGCUAUGUCUAAUUCCGUGUCGUGGACGAGGAGUCCCAUGCGAUGUGCAGGCUGCAGACCUCUGAAGCCCACUUAACUGGACCAUACACAGUCCCAGCUGUUAUAUUCCUGGGUAAGAUGAAACAAAAAGUUGCUGAGAAAGAUACUCCUUCAAGUGAAGGACCCAAUCAGAGGAUUUCUCCAGGCUUCUGAUCAGAUGGGACCUGAAAAAGAGAGGAAAGGGGCCUCAUACAAGGUCAGAGCUUUGUCAGCAAAGGCUACAGUGUUUUUACUGGCUCUAGAAGGUUCCAGGAAAGGGAGUGAUUUGUCUGGGUAAUUAGGUCAGGACAGUAGUAGUUUCGCUUCCUUUUAUCCUUGUUAUGUGGAUAACUCAGAUUUAUUUUUUCUUCUUCAUGGACUCAGCAGUACAAUUUCAAAAUUGACAUGGUGCUCAUCAGAAGUUAGUAAUUGGAUAGUGCAACCCAUUUGUAUGAUAAAGCUGAACUGUUCGGUUUUGGUUUCUAAAAGCUAAUAGGCAUUGUUCCUUCUUUGACAUUUGAUUUUAAUGGCUGUAAUGUUGCUCCUGUCCCAACAGCUAUACGUCUGGUCUGGGUGUUUGCCUUGACUAUAUGCUUCCUCUGCAGGCUGCAGGAGACUAUUUUUAACACUUUAACUUCUGGUAUAUGUAGUAGUUUCCUCAUUCCUCCAAAUGCUACUUAUCCCAUGAAACUGUCAAAGACAAAGUGCUAGCACUCAGCAGUGAAUUAAAGCUAAUAGCAGAGGUACAGGUUUUCCCAGGUCUGCAUUGCUCUAGUUAAUUCAGAAAUGGCAUAAUCAUAAAAAAAAAAAUCUUCAUUACAAUUUUGCACCAGUAUGAUCCUAUAAGUUAGUUAGGUGAAGUGAAACUUUGGUAAAAAUGGAUGUAUAAAACUCCUCUGACUGUAUCAUUUGCCACUAAAUGGAGUUUUCCAAGGUACCACUUUGGUUACUGUAGGACUGGCUUAUUGCAGCUCCUUUUCCUUUGGCCUUCAAGCAAAAUCAAUUCAUGAACUAUGCAACACUGCUUUAAGGCUUUUUUUAUGAGACUAGCCUAAUUUACAUAUGGCAUUGUCCCUACUUUACAGUCUUUUAAUUGGCUACAAGCAGCCUACCAUAUUGAUUGAAAAAUUCUUCUUACAUUUAGAGCUACAGCUAAUUAUGAUCUUUCUCCUCUCCUUGUCUACUUGAUUUGUAGUUCACAUCUCCUUUUCAGGAGCUCACUCCUUUCUCUUUCAGCCUGGAGUCUCCUCUACUGGGUCUCAUUCCUGCCUUGUUUUCAUAAAAACUCCUGUUUAAGUCUCUGUGUUUAGCAAGAUACUGAAUGAGAUGGACCCUGGGGCUCAGUGGCAAAUUCUGCUUUCCACAUAAAAACACUGGGAGGCUCUUGAUAGUAUCAUUACAUUAUCUAAGAUUGAUUGUUUAGAGAAUAUUUCAGUAGCAAAAUAGAAAAUAUAAAUUAAAAAAAAAGUCAACUCUAAGUGUUUAGUUUUAUGGAGGCUAAAGAGAGGUUACAGAGAAAAGGUCACUCAGUAAAUAAAGUGCAUAUUUCCUUGUAGUUAAAUAUAGUAGAAUCCUUACUGAAAGGGCUGUUAAAAACAGUUGUCACUCUUGAUAACUGUAAACGUGUAGCAAAGUUAAUUCAUGAAUAUAUUGUUAUGGAAGAAGUACCAGAAGAAAAUGCUAUGAUGAAGUAUUAUUUUCCAGAAAUCUGACUGUAGUAAUUUCUCCCAGAUUAUGAUCCAAUGAUAUAUGAACUUCUAACUCCUGCAAAAAAAAGGGUGUUAAAUAUUGUGGAAUAUCUAUCUGAAGACUGUUGCAUCAGGUUGCUGUACAAUCCUCACUGCUAUGUAAUCAAUGGAAAAUCUGUCUAAGCAAGAAAGAUGUGAAAUGGCAUUCCACACUGCCACGAGUAAAGCUGAUUGAAAAAAUUCCACUUGACACAUUGUGUCACAAACUGGGGGCAGAAAUUUUAGCAUAAUUCAGGAACUCAAAAGAGAAUUAUUCCAAGAUCUGGAAAAUGUUGUCAUCAAUCUCUUUGGAGUAAAAUGUGUGAAUUAUUUUUAUUCUUCCAUUCAUUAAUAUCCAUAUUUCCUUCUUUUAUGCCUUAUUUACACAUUUAAUUUAAAUGAGAGCCACUGUGUUCUGGCUAAAUGUCAUAUAUAUGUUGUAUGUAAUAGAACUAUGAUUAACUCUAUGAAUAAUUACCAUUUGCAACUAAACAAUUCAGAUGGAUAUUUUCAUUAAGAAAACAACAUGGGGUCAUUAUAAGGUUCUGGUCGCUGCCCCAGUCUCAGAAAAAAAAUAUAGUUCUCUGAACCACCAAUCUGAACUGGUGAUAAAAUAUCCCAAGUAGGCUCACAUUAAGCUGGAUAAUAUGCAGGCUGCUUGAUUUGUAUUGAAUAUGUGUCUGGUGGCUGGAACCCACUGUAAUGAACUAGCCCACAAAUCACAGCUUAAUGGGAAUCUACUUAUACAUAUUGCUUAAUUAAAAGUUGUGAGCUUAUUAACAUGUGUCUUUGGCACUGAGCUUUGGGGAUGUAAUCUCUGUGCAAAUAAGACUAGGUUGUAAAAGUUUUAUAGAUUGACAAUGAUAUUAAAUUCCAUACCCUAAUAACCCAUCAUUUUCUCAAAGCAUGGUUCCUAUUCUGUAUCUGUUCAAAACUGUGACAAAUUAUUUGUUUGUAAUCCUUUACAGUGUAGGACUCUGUGUGCUUGCUUUACCUCAGAGAUUUGGUGCCAAUGAUGUUUCAUCUACUUCCUCCUCCUUUUUUGAGUGUUGCUAGCUAUUCUGGCUGGCUUACAAAGUCAGAGACUUUUUUAUUACAGACACCCCAUGGCACAACACAUUAGUUAGAAUUGUGCCAGUGUUUCCAUUAUAAACCUCUGUUUUCAUGGGUUUAUAACUUUACUGUAAAAAUUUGCUUCAGGCUCAAACUUGGACUAGAAGUUCUAAGAGUGGGUGAGAACAUUUUUUAACAAUUAGAACAAAAAUCUGUAGUAUGUUGUUCUUGGUUACAUGACUUUUUUAAUUUCUGCAUAGCUAGUUUCAGAAACAUUUCUGUCCAAUUUUUUUUUCUCUUUAUCUCAGCUAAUUCCACUUAAUGUUCAUUAUUGAUUUCAUUUUAUGCAAGAAAAAAAAGAAUAAAGCAACCUCUUGUAACACUUUAAAA